GAAAGUACAUCGAUUUAGAAACAUUUAUAUGAAUUGUAAAUGCUAGUAAAUGUAUUACAUUUUCCGUGCUAAUCAACUUUUAUCUUCUUGUUAAACUAUUGAUGAGAGUUGGAUGUGUUGAUUUAGUACUUAAUUGAACAAUUUACAUUGAUUGUUAAGCAUUUCUAGAGUAUCAACAUAAAGAUUAACUACAAAAUUGAAAACCAAUUGAUUCUCCGAUUAAAUUGUGCCCAAAAUGAUAUCUUGGUUAAUUGAGAAGCUAAUUGUUACUCUAUUGCCCAUUUUCUAUGGAUCUUUGGUCAAUUCAGUGUUAUUCUUAUUUCAUCUUAAAACGUGUUUUAAGAAUCUCUUUGCUCCCGAUUACUCGAAAAGGCCAAAAGUUCUUGACGAUCCCGAAAUUCAGCAUCACAGUGUUCUAAUUAAAAAAAAAUCGAUCCAUUAUGUGACCAAAGGUAAUCCCGAUGACCCGAUAAUUGUAUUUAUUCAUGGUUUUCCUGAUUUCUGGUAUUCUUGGCAUCACCAAUUGAUUGAAUUCGGCAGCAAAGGUUAUUAUACUGUAGCAAUCGAUCUGCCGGGUUAUGGUGAGUCUUAUAAAUCUCUGGAAAACGGGCGAUUUAUAAUUACCAAUGUAGCUGACGAAGUGGCUCAAGUGAUCAAAACUAUCGUUAAAUCCGAUGAUCAAAAAAUUAUCCUCGUUGGUCAUGAUUGGGGAGCUGUGGUCUCUUAUUGUAUCGCAAGUUUACAUGAACAAUUGGUGUCCAAACUGAUUAUUCUGAAUGGACCUCAUCCAGUUCACUUCAGAAAGUUGAUUAAAAGUAAUUUAGGUCAAUUUCUCAAAUCAUGGUACAUGUUUUUCCUCAAUUCACCUUUUUGGCCUGAAUUCGCUUUCCAAACCUUUGAUUUCUUCAUGUUAAAAGUUGCUUUCAGAAAAGGAGAUAAAUCAUUUAUAUUUAACAAUAACCAAUUAGAACCAUGGAAAUACAUUUAUAGUCAACCUUCAGCAAUUAAAUCUGCGUUGGGUUAUUAUCGUGAUUUCGUCAAACGAAGUCGUUUCUUGGAUCACAUUAAACUACCAAUUCAUCAGAAAAUGUUGCUCAUCUGGGGCGAUGCUGAUCGAGCUCUUUCUCCGCAAUUGGCCACUCAGAUCAGUUCAUAUGUCGACAAUGUCCAACUCGAAAUUAUCAAAGGUGCAGGUCAUUUCAUUCAACUCGAACACCCAAAGAAAAUAUCAAAACUCAUCUCCGAGUUCAUUAAAGAUUAGACUAAUCAUCUUAAUAAUUUACCUAAAUAAUGUUGAAUUUACAAUUUAAUUUACUAAACAUUUUUAUAAUCGUUGAUUAAUCCAAUGAAUAAAUCUUAUUCUUAAAACAGAA